CUAGCCGCGCAAAAGACACCCGGUCCCGCGGAAGGACGCACCACCGCACCCCUCGGAAACAAGMCCCGCCAGAACGGCCAUGCCGGGACCCCCGGGCCGCUCCCGCGGGCGACAGGGACCUCCCGUCCUGCUCAACGUUGCCGAGAAGCCGUCGGUGGCGAGGUCCCUGGCGGCGGUCUUUCACAAUAUGCCCGGCGCGAGGGAAUCGGAGCCGAUGCGGCGGGAGGCGGCCCAGAUUUUCAGGCACGAGAACGUGGUCUUCCGGGACGUCUUCUCGCAGGCCAACGGAGGCAACAGCAGCGGUGGCCACAACCGACCCCACAAAAUGAUCACCACAUCGGUCCGGGGCCACCUGGCGGGGAUCGAGUUCGGCCCCGAAUACGGCUGGAGUCGGUGCGAUCCGAUACAGCUCUUCGAGGCACCCCUCGAAAUCGUCUACCGGGACGACAUGGUUCCCCUCCGCCGAAUGCUGACCAACCUCGCCAAGAACGUGGACGGCCUGGUCCUGUGGCUCGAUUGCGAUCGAGAGGGAGAGGCCAUCGCCGACGAGGUCCUCAGGGUAUGCCUCGAAUCCAAUCGCCGUCUGGAGCCCUACGUCUACCGAGCCAAGUUCUCGACCGUUCUGGGGCCCGAGAUUCUCCGCGCCCUGGGAACCCUCGGCCGGAUCAACCACCAUUUCGUGCAGGCGGUCCAGGCGAGGUCGGAGCUGGAUCUGCGAGUAGGCGCGGCCUUCACGCGCUUCCAAACCCUGCGGCUGCAAAAGAAGUUCCAGCUGCCGGGGGCCGGGGAGGACGGGAGGGGCGCCGGCGUCGUGAGCUACGGGCCCUGCCAGUUCCCGACCCUGGGAUUCGUGGUGGAGCGGUGGGCAAGAAUCGAGAUCUUUGUGCCGGAGGAUUUCUGGUUCCUGGAGCUGACCCUCAGGGUUCCGCGGCAGGCGGGAGCGGCCGACGAUGGUCGUGGAAGCGGUGGCGGCCGCGGGGCGGGCAACGAUUCCCGUCCGAUUGCCUUUGCGUGGAAACGCCAGCGCUUGUUCGACCGUUUCGCAACCCUGGCCAUCUACGAAUCGUGCCUGGACACCGAACCGUGCGUGGCCACCGUCACGAGGCUCGAGGGACGCCCAAAGAACAAGUGGCGACCGAUUCCCCUGGCGACCAUCGAGCUGCAGAAACGAGCCUCGCGAUACCUCAGGAUCGGGUCGGAAACACUCAUGUCGGCGGCCGAGGAACUGUACCAGAAGGGACUGAUCAGCUAUCCGCGGACCGAAACGGAGCGCUUCCGGCCCGAAUUCGACCACCGGGCGCUGAUCCGGGACUUUUGCACCCUCGCCGACGCCGCCGGUCCCUACGCGUCCUACGCCAACCACUUGCUGAACGAGAACGGAUUCCAGAAUCCCCGGGCGGGGCAGAACGACGACCAGGCCCACCCCCCGAUCACUCCGUGCAAGGUUGUCGACCCGGCUACGAUCCAGGACCACACCCAGAGAAACGUUUACGUUCUAGUGGCGAAGCACUACCUGGCAUGCUGCUCGAGGGACGCCAUCGGCCGGGAAACCUCGCUCACCGUCAGGAUAGCCUCGGAGGAAUUCACCGCCAAAGGACUCAUGAUCGAACAGAAAAACUGGCUGGAAAUCUACCAUCCGUGGGAACGCUGGUCGACGGGGCAGGGAGAGCUCCCCCACGUGAUGGUAGGAAGCAGGAUCGCUCCCCAUUCCUUCGUCAUGAAGGAGGGGCAAACCACGCCACCCCUGCCGAUUUCGGAGCCGGAGCUGAUCACCCUCAUGGACAAAUCCGGAAUCGGAACGGACGCCACCAUUGCAACGCACAUUGCCACCAUCCAGGAUCGAGAUUACGCCACCAAAGACGGGAACCAGCGGUUCUUGCCCACGCCCCUCGGGAUCGCACUGGUGGAGGGAUACAACAGCAUGGGCUACCAAUUGAACAAACCCGAUCUGAGGAGAGAAACGGAGCACGAGUGCAACCUGGUGGCGAACCGCCAGAAAACAAAAGAGGAGAUCGUUCCCCUGAUACUCAACAAAAUGAAAGACGUCUACCUCACUGCUGCCAGGGAAGCCCGCAAACUCGACCAAUCCAUGGCGAGACGCUUUCAGCGGAUAGGAGCGGGGAACGACCACACAGAACUGGUGCAGGCUCGAUUCAGCCAGUGCGGCAAUUGCCAGCAGCCAAUGUCUCUCAAACAAGAACGUCGGACCGGUGGUCGUCGGAGAGGCGGGGGGRACAACAACAACAACGACACGCCGCGAAAGCUGCUGUUUUGCAACGCGUGCCAAGAAGGCUACAUCCUGCCCCGCAAGGGGAUACCCCGUCCGAAGAUAUCGGAGGGAGAGACCAACAACAACAACAACACACCGGUAAAGUGUCCCAUUUGCAACUUCCAGGUCGUUGCUAUUGCGAGGGGUGAUGGCUACGAGGGCAACGGAUACAACGUUUGUCCGAAGUGUUACAACGACCCACCGGCAGAUCACGGCGGAGGUGGCAGCGGCGGAGGAGGCGGAACCCAUCCCUGUUUUUCGUGCUCGCAUCCAGCGUGCGCGCUUGCCGGGGGAACCCAGGGGGGCGACAUCGAGGUGUUUGCGUGUCCCUUUUGCCGAGAAAAGAACGUGCCAGGCGGAAAAGUCACCCUCCGCAAAAACUCGCGGGGGUACGUCCUAUCCUGCGCCAACUAUUCGGGCCGGCAGCGGUGCAGCUACACCAUCUGGCUGCCCCGCGCCAGCCGGAGCAUAGAGGUUCCGCCGGGGGAGGAACACGUCUGCACUCGCUGUAGCACGCACUCGCCCGUGCGGAAGCUGGCCUUUCAGUGGAAACCCGGCGGGGUUCUCCCACACCUGGGAAGGGAGACCACGGCGUGCGUCUUGUGCGAUGCGCGAUUCCGGCAGGACGUCCAGAUCAACCUGCCCCAGAUGGAUCGGGUCGGGACCACCAGUCGCCGGACGGCUUCGCUCAGACCGAACCACCACGGCAACGGACGGAACAACCAUGGGGAUCGGGCCCGUUCGGCAACCACAAAUGCUGGAAACAACAACUUUGUUUGCUUUCGGUGCAAUCAGCCGGGACACUAUGCGAGUGCUUGUCCAAACGCGAACAAUCAGUGAUGGUUUAAUACGCCCCCGCUUUGUCGAUAACAAAGGAACGGAAUGGACGGCCCCAAACGAAUAGAUAAAACUAGACUGU